UGGCUUUCAACACUGGCGCAUGUGUGACUCACAUCCACAGUUGACUCACAUCCAGUGGAGCGUAUAUAGUCAAAUUACAGCAUCAACACCAAGCUUUUGCCUUUCAGUCCUUCCUUUGCCUGCAGCUCCCAUAAGCAAUGACCGCAACCUCUGUGGUCUCGUAUUUUGAGUGGCUCGGCCUCAGAAGUUUUUUUUUGUUUCUUGCUGUGAUUUUAAUACUCAGCAGCCUAAUAAGACAAAAAGGCCCAAAAAACUUCCCCCCUGGACCCUGGCCGCUACCUUUUUUCGGCAACUUACUCAGCCUCAAUGCAUCAAAAAUCCACCUUCAGCUAGCCAAGUUGGCCAAGCAAUACGGAAACAUUUUCAGUCUUCGUUUGGAACGAAACAUCGUUGUUGUGGGCAGUUUUAAACUUGUGAAAGAAGCCCUAGUUCAACACGGGGAAAACUUUGCAGAUCGUGCAGAACAGCCAAUAUUUGAAGACAUUGUGCAUAAUAACGGUUUGGCGAUCUCCAAUGGCUACCUAUGGAAACAACAAAGAAGGUUUGCUCUCUCAACCCUGAAGCACUUUGGACUGGGCAAAAAGAGCCUUGAGUCCUCCAUUCAGGUGGAGAGCACGUUACUGAAUGAGGUCAUAGCCAAUACACAAGGCCAACCAUUUGACCCUCAGUUUAUCUUGAACAAUGCCGUCUCCAAUAUCAUCUGCUGCCUGGUGUUUGGGGAUCGCUUUGACUACAAUGACAGCUACUUCCGAACUCUGCUGAAGAUAAUCAAUGAAACUGUCUAUUUAGAAGGAAGCAUUUGGGCUACGAUGUAUAAUAUGUUCCCCUGGUUGAUGCGGAGAAUCCCUGGUCCCCACAAGAAAUUACUUUCACACUGGAAGACUCUGAUGUCUUUUGUCCGGCUGAAAAUUAAGGAGCACCAGGAAGACUGGGACCCAUCAUCUCCUAGAGACUAUAUAGACAGCUUCCUGUUGGAGAUGGAAAAGUGGGAAGAUGAUGUUGAUGCUGGUUUUAAUGAGGAGAACUUGUGUUACUGCACCAUCGAUCUGUUCCUGGCUGGAACUGAGACUACAUCUACUACGCUGUACUGGGGCUUGUUGUACAUGAUCAAAUAUCCAGACAUACAAGAGAAGGUGCAGGCUGAGAUAGACAGUGUGAUUGGACGGUCACGUCAGCCCAGCAUGGCAGACAGGCCAAACAUGCCGUACACUGACGCUGUCGUCCAUGAAGUACAGAGGAUGGGCAACAUUGUACCACUGCUUGGACGCUUAUCCACAAAAGACACAGAGCUGGGAGGAUACACAGUUCCAAAGACUGAAUGGGAGACUCCCUUCACUUUCAAUCCUGGACAUUUCCUGGAUGCAGAGGGGAAGUUCAGGAGAAGAGAUGCUUUCCUGCCCUUUUCAGCUGGGAAGAGAGUGUGUCUGGGGGAGCAGCUGGCCCGGAUGGAGAUCUUCCUGUUCUUCACCUCCCUUCUCCAACACUUCACCUUCUCUACACCCCCAGGCAUGGAACCCAGUCUGGAGUUCAAAGUGGGUUUAACACGCUGCCCAUAUCCCUACAAGUUGUGUGCUACCACCCGCUGAGUCUGUCUAUUCCAUAUCAUUUAAAAGCCAGAUAUUAACUGACAGUUAAAAAUAAGUAAAAGUUUCCUGAACACAUAACUGUCCUUCUGUAAUGAACCCUACAGAGGUCCAGUUGUGGAUUCAACCAUAGUGAUUAAUUUUAGCAAUAGCAAAGACAAAAUCCUCAUAGUCAUUAGAGUAAACAUGUAAACAGGCAAGAUGUCUGUAACCAAACCAGAGCAGAGCAAUAGCAGAUGGGGAAUCCAAUAGUUGAAGUUGAGCAAACAGGCGAUAAACUAGGGACAGGAGUUUUAACAAUGGGGGAGACAGUUCACACAGGGUCACUGGUUCCUUGGAAAAUCCAAGAGAAUUGUAGGCAUACUCUGCCUAGUUGAUAUACUUGCUCCAAUCAUCCUGAUUUGUUGUGUCAGUCGCUUAUUUCAGAUGUUCUCUUUAUGUGUUUAAUUGGAGAGGUAUUCCAGCGUCAGGUUCACACUCACUCCCAGUCUUCUGCAAAACUCACCACACUGGAGAGGUGAACUGGGAACCCUGGUCCAGCUGAAUGUCUUGCAGUGGGGUCUUUGUCUGGGUGUAAAAAGGACUGGACAAUACAUAAUCUUCCACCGUUGAUGAUGACCAAAAUUUAUGUCCAAGAUAUUUGUGUGUCCUGGUGACAGUGGAUGGCCAGAGCCAGAGACAACACAAUGAAGAACAAGUCUGUAGUGCAGUACAAGACAUAUUAUUUGUGCAAUAUGGCAAAUGGAGCACAGUAUAGAAGAAUAAAUAAGGAUAAAGUUUAGAUACAGAUAAAAUGCAGGUUGCCAUUUUAAAAAUGGCAACAUAAUGAAAUGGGAGAUAUAUUUUCUGUAAUGUAUUGAGUUUGAGUGUAGAUGGUGUAUGUGUGUUUUGUGCCUAUAUUUCAGAUCAGUCCUCAACAACAAACUCCAUUCUAUCCUCUAACUCUGUCCUGCUUUUCACUUCUGCCUCUGCUGAGCUCCAGAAUUCCAGUUCAAUUAUUGUCUGCUGCUCUAUUUCACCAGGCAGGGAAUAAAAAUGUAUUCAUUCAUUUUUUCUCCUUUUGCUUGUGAUUUCGUGCUCAACUGUCUUUUGUUUCACUAGGAUUUUACUUUUUGACUGUUUAUUAGAUUAUGAUCCUUUGACUUUGGUCGCUCGAUUGUAUAUAUUUCUGCAUAACGUUGUAGUGAUCAAUCUUUUUUGGGGGGGGGUACACUUGUAUUUUUGAAGAGAGGGAGGUGAAUUGUGUCGCUUUUGUUUUUGGAAGGUUCAGUUGGAAAUGAGUUUCCUUUCAUCAGUUACUUGUGGGUGUUUUGUUUAUUAUUUUGGCUUUGGUCCUUCCUGAUGCAAACCCUUGCACAAUGUAAUUCUCCAAUCAAUACACUCUUCCGGUUUCUUUUA